AUAUAUUCAUUGUCACCUACUAACUAACUGAAAAAGACAAAAAAAGAAACGAAAAUGAGUACAACAAAUACAGCAGCUGCUCCAGCCACAGUAACCACUGCUCCUGCCCUGAAACUGAAGGGUAUUGUUAAACAGGUUCUUUCCGGCGAUACAGUUGUCAUUCGUGCCCUUAAAGGCACACCACCACCAGAGAAACAAAUCACCUUCUCUUAUGUUCUUGCUCCCAAGCUAGCCCGCCGUCCCGGUGCCGGUGGUGAUGAAACCAAGGAUGAACCUUGGGCAUGGGAUUCCCGCGAAUUUUUGCGCCAAAAAUUGAUUGGCAAGGAGGUAACCUUCUCCUUUGAAAAGCCACCAAAUUCCAAUCGCGAAUAUGGUUUCGUGUGGUUGGGUGAUGAGAGCGGCGAAAAUGUUGUCCAAACUAUGGUUAAGGAAGGUCUAGUGACCGUGCGCCGUGACAGCCGUCCACCAGAACCCCAAAAACAAGAAGAUUUACAAAAACUGAUUGAAUUGGAAGAUCAAGCCAAACAUGCUGGUCGUGGUAAAUGGGCACCAAAUGCCAACCCCAAUGAUCAUGUCCGUCAAAUCAAGUGGACCCAAGACAAUCCAUCGCAAAUCGUUGAACUGUUCGGUGGAAAGCCCGUGAAAGCCAUUAUUGAGCAUGUACGUGAUGGUUCGACAGUACGUGCCUUCUUGUUGCCUGAUUUCUAUUAUGUUACCUUGAUGAUUUCGGGUAUCCGUUGUCCCGGUGUCAAAUUGGACGCCGAUGGUAAACCCGAUUUGAAGGUUAAGGUUGCUUUUGCCGAUCAGGCACGUUUCUUUGUGGAAACCCGACUUUUGCAGCGUGAAGUGCAAAUUGUGUUGGAGUCGGUGAACAAUGCCAAUUUCAUUGGUACCAUCCUGCAUCCUAAGGGCAAUAUUGCUGAAUCUUUGCUGCGUGAAGGUUUGGCCAAGUGUGUUGACUGGUCAAUGGCCCUAAUGAAGGGAGGUGCCGAUAAACUUCGUGCUGCCGAACGCAUCGCCAAGGAAAAACGUCUGUGCCUGUGGCAAGACUACAAAUCCAAUGCCCCAACAUUCAAUACCAAGGAAAAAGAUUUCACCGGUGUUGUUGUUGAGGUAUUCAACGGUGAUGCCAUCAAUGUCAAACUGCCCAAUGGCCAAAUUAAGAAGGUGUUCUUCUCUUCGAUUCGUCCACCACGUGAUACCCGCGCCGUGGUCAAUGCUGAGGGUGAAGAAAUUAAGGCUCCACCACGUCCCAAGAAUUUCAGACCACUGUACGAAAUUCCCUUCAUGUUCGAUGCCCGUGAAUUUUUGCGUAAGAAGUUGAUCAACAAGAAGGUUCAGUGUGUUUUGGACUACAUUUCACCUGCCCGUGAUAAUUUCCCCGAAAAAUACUGCUACACUGUGUUGAUCAGUGGCCAAAACGUUGCCGAAGCCAUGGUUGCCAAGGGUUUGGCUUCCGUUGUCCGUUAUCGCCAGGAUGAUGACCAACGCUCUUCGUGCUACGAUCAAUUGUUCGCUGCCGAAAAUCAAGCCAUCAAGGGCCAGAAGGGUAUGCACGGCAAGAAGGACGCUGCCACAAUGCGUGUUAACGAUUUGACUGUUGACCAUUCCCGCAUCAAGAUUCAAUAUUUGCCAUCAUGGCAACGUGCCCUUAGAACAGAGGGUAUUGUUGAAUUCGUCGCCAGCGGUUCCCGCAUCCGUUUGUACAUCCCCAAGGACAGUUGUUUGGUUACAUUCUUGUUGGCUGGUAUCUCCUGCCCACGUUCUUCACGCCCCGCUUUGAAUGGUGUUCCCGCCCAAGAAGGUGAACCCUUCGGUGAUGAAGCUUUGGCAUUUACCCGCGACCGCAUUUUGCAACGUGACGUUUCUGUGCACAUCGAUACCACCGACAAGAACGGCACCUCCGUCAUUGGUUGGCUUUGGACCGACAAUAACACCAACUUGUCUGUGGCUUUGGUGGAAGAAGGUUUGGCUGAAGUUCACUUCAGCGCUGAGAAAUCCGAAUACUACCGCCAAUUGAAGAGCGCCGAGGAUCGUGCCAAGGCUGCCAAGAAGAACAUCUGGGCCAACUAUGUUGAACAAGUUGUGGAAGAGACUCCCGUCGUUGAAGAGAAGGAAGAAAAGGGACCCGUCGAACGCAAGGUCAACUUGGAAGAUGUCAUUGUAACUGAAAUCACCGAAACUCUGACCUUCUACGCUCAAUCGUGUGCCAGUGGUUCCAAAUUGGAUGCCCUGAUGGCCAAGUUGCAUGCUGAUUUCCAAUCGAAUCCUCCAAUUGCUGGUGCCUAUACACCCAAACGUGGCGAUUUGUGUGCCGCUCAAUUCUCUGCCGACAAUCAAUGGUAUCGUGCCAAGGUCGAGCGUGUCCAAGACAACAAGGCCCAUGUUUUGUACAUUGAUUAUGGUAACAAGGAGGUUGUUCCCUUCACCCGCUUGGCUUCACUGCCAUCUGGUUUCACCAGCGAAAAACCAUUUGCUACUGAAUACGCCUUAGCUUUGGUUCAACUGCCUCAGGACAACGAAGACAAAGAGGAAGCAUUGCGUGCCUUCGCCGAAGAUGUACUCAAUCGUAAAGUACAGAUCAAUGUUGAAUUGAAACCAUCUUCCGGUCCUGCCCUUGCUACCAUCCACGAUCCCACUACCAACAUUGACAUUGGUAAACAAUUGGUAUCCGACGGCUUGGUCAUGGUGGAGAAACGUGGCGAACGCAAGUUGCGCGAAUUGAUUGACCAAUACAAAGCUGCCCAACAAGCUGCCUUGAAUGCUCAUUUGGCCAUCUGGAAAUACGGCGACAUUACCCAGGAUGAUGCGCCCGAAUUCAGCCGCUAAACAUGCAACCGCCAGUCCGCAGCUCUAGUGCUACUGCUGGUGAGCAUUUAGCAAAAGUUGAAUGUUUGUCUGCCACAUACCCGCCCUUUAAAACAACAACAACAACAGUACACGAAAAUAAACAAUAUAAAACUUCAG